AUGGACGCCACCGACCUCUCGCUCUCGCUCUCGCUCUGCAACUGGCCCGAACAAGGCCCCGAGGAGACCGCCGUCUCCACGCUCAUCUCGAGAAUCCAACAGCAGCGCGGCCACUUCAAGGACCUCAACGAAGCUCUGCUCGAGUCGGAGAUCGCCGACCAACUCCAGAAUGGCGACCAGAUGGACAUAGACGAUGGCAGCGACGGCGACGACGCGGCCGAGAAGCCGGCCACCCCUGCCGGCGAGGAUGCGAUCGAGGCACUGCAGAAGACCCGUGCCGAAAUGCUCGAGGCGCUCGGACAUGCGCACAACGAGGCGCUGCUGGCUCUCGAUUACAUCUCCCUCGUGACGUCGCUCAAUGCGCCCGAAGCCGGACUGAGCACCAUGUCGCCGGCACUCAAGGCGGCGGUACCGCCUGGGUGUCUUGGUUUCGAUCGGAUAUCGAGGAAGAUCGAUAAGAAAGCCCAGGAGGAAGACAUGAAAGUGGCGAAGAAGUGGAAGGUGGAUGGACUCAAUUCCGCUGCGGAUGCACUGCUGGGAGCUUCGAAGAAGUUGGGCGCCGAGGUCCAGAAGGAGACGGUGUAUUGGCAGGGCGCGCUGGCGAUUCGCAACGAUGGCUGGUUGAUCACGCGCAUGCCGAGAGAGCGGAAUGUGCUGGCGGUGCGAUACGGCUUCGCCGAGGCGGCGAAAGAGUACAAGGACAAAGGUAUCGGCGCACUGCGGAGGAAUGACGACGGGAGUGUGCGGAUGGAUGACAUCGACACGGGCUCGAGAGGGCGGGUGAUGCUACGGGUGCAGGUGGUCAGGAAUGGCGAAGUGAUCGGAGUGAGCACGCAGCGCGCGGGGAAGAAUGACGGUAGUGUAAAGGACAUGAUUCGGCGUGCGAGAAAUUUCAUCUAUGAGGAUGAAUUGUUCUUCGAGAUCAUGAAGGAGGCGCGAAACUUUGCUGGACACAUGAUGCGCACGAGUGAAGAAUCCGCAAUGAUUGAACUCGGCAGUGGUAAGAUGAUCGUGCUGGAUAUGGCGCCCCUCGAUGAUGACACCACUCCCGAUCCACCCCUUUCAAAUUCUGCCAACUCCCUCGCCCAAUCCAUUGCCCUCGCCUUGCGAAUCCUACUUUCCUACAACCACCGCCUGUCCCUCAAAGCACGCUCGAAACCGCCACCACCCCUCUCCAACCGCAAGCCCUCGCGCGCACCUCUACAACUCCUACGCCCGGUAACAACACACCUCUACCACCGCCAGCACCAGCAACAUCUCAUCCGGACACUGUCAAAACUCCGUUCGUUCGCGCGGACCGCGGGCCUCGCGCCGGCUUCCUACACCAUGUCCCCACUAUCCAAUACCCUUGACAGCGAGCUCAAGGGCGUCGAUUCGGUCGUCGAGACGUUCCUGCACUUGCUCGCAUCCGAAGCCACGGUCAACCUCCCCGGCGGGUGGGUUCUGAGCAUCACCAUGCGCACAAGACUGCAGCAUCCCGUAUGGGGAACUCAAUAUGUGAUCACCACCAGCCACGACGGCGUUGCGGCACGAUUGAUGGGCGAGAACCGGUUCUCGACAGCAGAGGAAAUGGCGAGUUACCUUUACUGGUGCUUGGAGCGGAGUGUGGUGAACUGGGUACGACUUCUUUCUGAGGGUCAAGACAAGGAUAAGAGGUGGGAACAGGUGGCUCAGGGAAACGAAAUGGUUUGCGCGAAGAGAGGUAGCAGGGUCCGGGUAGAGGUGGAUUCGGUAGGGCUGGCCGUGACGUGCGGGAGCACCGGCGGGAGGGAUGAGAAGGCGGUUUGGGAUGGGAGUGAUACCGGGCGGACGCUGGCGGAGUUACUGGCCCAUAUAGUGGCCUGA